CGCGCCCUCCCCCAAGCUAGCGUAUCCUGAAAUAGGGGUAUUCUUGAGCAGCUGCGUAUUCAGCGCAGGCAGCUAGAGGUCCUGAAUGGGGAACCCUCAUCCAUCAUUAGGACACUUGUGCCGCUGCAGACGAGUUGCAGGCAGGUAAAUAGCCCAAAUGUGGAUUAUACAUCCACUAGCGGCGUUGAUGUGCCGCUGCGACCCCAUCGCAGGCAGGUAGUAAGCUCCUUAAGUGGGCAAGUAAAACGGUGUUCUGCAAGUAUGUCCGAAGCCAAGGAAAUGUCUCUGACGGUGGGAAUCUUCAACCUGAAAAGGUUCUUUACGGCGAUACCCUGGCCGACAAACGGCUCGUUCCCCGGGUGAGAGCUCCAAACCUGUAUUGAGUGCAUCGCUGGGUGGCAUAACUUGGAUAUGAAAGAGUGCCAAUACAAGAUUACGUCAGUUUUGCCAUCCCGUGCCGACAUAAUCUUAUCAAAACCAUGCAGAACUUCAAUUUUUUUCUCCGGCAGCUUAAACGUCGCUGUACUGCUUCCCAGCUAGCUCGGGAACGACUUUUAAGUUUGAAUCUCGAAACGGGCCGUAAUACACUAAGAGCUGCUUUAACUCAAUACGGAUUGACUACCCCGGAAGCGCAUCCGACGUACGUGUUGGAAGACCGCGAGAAGCUGUAUCAGAUUGAUCGGGUCAAGCAGCGCUCCUAUAGCGAGCUCCUUCGACGAUCAAAAUUAUCACUGACAGACGUUAAUCGGCUUGUUCGGGGGCACGAUCCGCGUCCCAAUAAAGCACUGACGGUGCCCGAUCAUUUUCCAUGUUAGAGUCAUUAUAAGUACAAAGAGCAAUGGAGCGCUAUUGUGACCCACGGAGUACGACCUACAUGGAGAUC